UCGGUUUUUCUCACUGUUUAACCAUCGGUUUCACAAAUAUAACUCUAAUAUAAAUAAGGAAUGAUACCUUUAACCUUAUUUGGAUUUAAAGGGUGAGUUAAGUGGGAACUUGAAGCUGCAGGCGAUGUAAAUCCAGACUGUGGUCUCAUCCUUUUUAAAUGAGGACAGUCUCCCUUCAUCCCUCGCCAGCAUCCUUCCUUCUGCUGCUCCACCGCAUUAGCUUCGGCUAACCUGCAACGACACCUCCGAACCUGAACGCUUGGCUGGGUGUUUUCAAAGAUAUAUGAAAAAUGCCCAGUGUAACAGUGAAAGAUGUCAACCAGCAGGAAUUUGUCAAGGCUUUGUCGGCGUUUCUCAAAAAGUCUGGCAAACUGAGAGUCCCAGAGUGGGUUGAUACUGUGAAGCUUGCCAGGCACAAGGAGUUAGCUCCCUGCGAUGACAACUGGUUUUACACCAGGGCAGCAUCUACGGCUCGUCAUCUGUACUUGCGAGGAGGUGUGGGCGUGGGCUCCAUGAUCAAGAUCUAUGGAGGGCGUCAGCGGAAUGGUGUAUGCCCUGCCCAUUUUAGUGUUGGCUCCAGGAAUGUGGCGAGGAAGGUCCUCCAAGCUCUGGAAGGUCUCAAGAUGGUGGAAAAGGACCCCAAUGGUGGUCGAAGACUUACUCCUCAAGGCCAGAGAGACCUGGAUAGGAUUGCUGGUCAGGUUGCCUCAGCAAGCAAGAAACAGAGAAGUCUACAAGGCACCAUUUGAGGAAAGCAUGCACUGAAAACUGAAAUGUGAAAUGCAGUUAUCUUUUAUUGCUUAUUUAUUCAAAUUUGCUUGCCUUCCACAUGAACCCCAAAGUAACCUUGAACAAAAGACAUUUUAUGAGAUGCAUGAGUCUAUAAUACAGGACAGUACAAAUGAAAUAUUAUGCAUAAAUGUUUGGAACAGUUUUUGCUUUAGACAGAAGCACCGGAUCUACAGUAUCACUAAGCAAGAGCAUGUUAAUGUUGUUGCCCGUCAAUGAGAAGCUGUAUAAAGCUAUAUAAAAAUUAAAGACGUGAUGGAUUCUGCAACUCAGAAUAUU